GAAGACAAGGGCAUAGGACAGGGUGAAGACGCUGGGAUUCAGCGUGCCCGUCAGCCCAUUGCAACCCUCGCCUUCAUCGCUUCACAUCCCGGUCGCCGCGCUGCUUGUCCGUCUCCGUCCAUACUCGCGACCUCAUCGUCUAGACAGUCCUCCGAAGGAGGCUGCUUUGGUUGGGCACUAGCGCUCCUCAACUCUCCUUCAUUAUGGCCUCCUUUCUGUUCUCCCCUGCUCGUCGUCUCAGUCUACUGCAGGUCCCCAGCUCUGGACGUGUACCCAGCAUCCCCGGCGGCCUUUUGCAUAAUCGAGACGUUCAACUGGGAACGGAUCUCGCCGCCGAUCCCCUCACCAUCAAAGGAAGCCUCGUCUUCCAUCCCCUGGGACGCACGCUGUUGGUAGAGAGUCGUGAGGCCGAGAUCUACGACCAACCUCCACCAUCCGGAGGUCGAAGGUCGCAAGGUAUCGCCUCGGAGAUCCGGCCGCCCCUGGAGCAUCGUAACCAAGAUAUGGGCGAGAUUCAAGCCAGGGUGUACAUCACGACCUCAGCUUUCUGUGGUUGCAGCGGCAUGGCGGCCUCACCACUUGCAAGCCCCCUUGAAGGUCGAGAUCUAGGAAAGAGGUUCGGCUCUCCAGGACAGCGACAUAGCCCUGAUCGUGCGGCCAUUCCACCCUGGCCAGACUUGAUUACAGUCAGAGUCUACUGCAGCCAUAUCCAUUCCAAGCCAUGAUGUUGCCCGUCUUGGACGAGAGUCAUGGAUCCUGGCUUCG